AUGUUUCCCCCAAAAUUACCGUUAUUCCUUCAUAUUGUGAUCUUUUAUGUGGUGGUAUCUAUAUCAUCAUUGUCAUCAUCAGCUGAAUUCGUGCAAGGAAAACGUUGCCAAUUGAAUUGUGGGAACGUUGCCAUUCCAUACCCAUUUGGUAUAGGUAAAGAGUGCUCUAUGAUUGGCACAGAAGGGAAUGGUGAUGCUCAUAUCACGUAUAAUAUCAUAUGUGAUCAUUCUUAUGAUCCUCCCAAACCUUUUAUUAAUGCAACUAAUUAUCUUGAAAUUUUAAGUAUAUCAGAGACAGAAGUUCGCAUCAGAAACUCCUUCACUGAGUUCAAUGGUCGCCCCUUCAAGAGUCCUAUCGAGCCUGAUCAUCUUGAAUUCAAGAAUUCAUUUAAUAAAAGUGGGCUGAAUUAUCUCGACUUAUCAGAUACCCCAUUUAUGGUAUCAUAUACAGGAAACAAGUUAUAUGGGGUUGGCUGUGGCUUAGUUGCUCUUUUCAUCGCUGAUGUCAUAGGGCCAAAGGGUGUCGCAAGAAAGGAGUGUCAAUCAAGCUGUGAGAGUAUCAGCAGAGAUGGAUCUUGCAGUGGCAGUGGGUGCUGCCAGACAGACGUUCCAAGGGAUCUGGAGUCAAUUGGUGUGGCUGUGAUGGGAACUGGUACCAAGAGCACAAACAAUUUUAACAGGUUUGCCAUACUGGCUGAGAUAGGGCAGUAUACAUUUGAUUCCGAGGAUCUUACUCUGGAUGCUACACAAAUAUCUAAAAAAUAUGACGAUAAGGUCAUACCGAUUGUGCUCGAUUGGGGCAUAGGAUAUAAGACUUGUGGAGAAGCAAAAGCUAAUUUAACAGCUUAUGGGUGCGGGGAUAAUAGUAGAUGUAAUGACGAAAUCAAAAAUGGUGGAUACCGUUGCCUUUGCAGCGAUGGUUACGAGGGAAAUCCUUACCUUAUUGAUGGAUGCAAAGAAGUGAUUAAAGUGAUUAAGUGCGAGGAUCAAAACAACAAUCCUUGCAAAGGAAUUUGUACAAAUACUGUUGGAGGUUACAACUGCUCUUGUCCAUUGGGCGGCACCGGGGAUGGGAGGAAAGACGGUAGUGGCUGCACUUUUCAGAAAGAAGAAAAAAAAGAGAUGCAUGAAAAAAAAGAAUUUCCUGUAUUAUUGGUCGUGCUUGGUUUUGGAUUGGGGAUGGUUUUUGUGUCUGUUGUCGGGGUUUUAUUAUUCUUAAGCAUGAGGAAGCGCAUGCUAAAAAGACUUAAAGAGAAAUUCUUUGAGAAAAAUGGGGGAUUAUUGUUGAGAGAACAGUUAUCUUCCCUCGACAGUGGUGUAGAAGCGACAAAACUUUUUACAUCUGAAGAAUUAGAAAUGGCAACUAACAAAUAUGAUGAGAGUCAAGUUCUGGGGCGAGGCGGCCAUGGUACAGUUUACAAGGGAACUAUGUCAGAUAACCGUACAGUCGCCAUUAAAAAGUCUAAUACAGUUGAGCAAACCCAGAUCGAGCAAUUCGUAAAUGAGGUAAUUAUUUUAUCUCAAAUUAAUCACCGGAACGUGGUGAAGCUCUUAGGUUGCUGUUUAGAAACAGAAGUUCCCUUGCUUGUUUACGAGUACGUAUCAUGUGGUACCCUUUACCAACAUAUCCAUUACAAGGGUGCUGCUGAUACGUCCCCGUUGACCUGGGAAAUUCGUUUGAGGAUUGCCUUUGAAACUGCAAGUGCAGUUGCGUAUCUGCAUUCUGCAGCGUCUCCACCUAUCAUUCAUAGGGACAUAAAAUCUACCAAUAUAUUACUGGAAGAAAAUUACACAGCAAAAGUUUCAGACUUUGGAGCGUCGAGGUUGGUUCCACUAGAUCAAACUCAUGUAAAAACACUAGUCCAAGGGACCUUAGGGUAUUUGGAUCCGGAUUACUACAACACAAGUCAACUAACGGAUAAAAGUGAUGUUUAUAGUUUUGGUGUAGUUCUUGUUGAACUCUUAACAGGUAAACAACCCAUUUGUUUUGAAAGACCAGGAGAACAAGUAAAUCUUGCAACAUACUUUACUUCACUAGAAGAAGAUAUCAAUGUUCUCGAGCUUAUCGAUGCUGGAGUUGCAAAAGAUGGGAACCUGGAGCAAAUCCUUGCUGUGACAGAGUUGGCGAGGAAAUGUCUUAAAUUAAAGGGUGAAGAUAGGCCUAGCAUGCAGCAAAUAGCCGCAGAUCUUCAAGGUUUGAUAAGGUUUGAGCCUUCUGGAUGGAAUCAUCAACCAAACCCCAACGUUGGAAUGACAAACUUAUCACCUGAGCCAGUGGAUGUGGAUCUGUAUAGCGUACCAUUUAGUUCCACUGAUGGAUCUAGCUUGGCGACAAGCAUGACAAAUAUCUCCAUCACAUCGUUUGUUGGAGUAUUUGGUUUUGAACGAAAUGCAAGAGUUCUAUGUAGUAAGAAAAGUACAGUUGCAGCUGUUCGCAAUAAGGCUAAACAUAUCGGUGUCAUUAAACUACAAUGGUUAAAUUAUUGGGUGGAACAGGUUGGUGCUCAAGUGCAGAAGAAGCUGAAUCCAGAGCCUGCCGAGAAGCAACAAGAUGGGUUCGAAAUAGGGGAAAUGAAGUGA